GACAGUGAGUCAGGUUCUCAGCAGGGUUCCUCGGGGUCCCAGCUUCUGCCCUGUGACCAGCUGGUGUCCCCUACGGCGCUGGCAGCUUGUACCCGGGUCGACUCAUGCUUCGCCCCCUGGUCCGUGCCCUCCCUGGGCGUGUCUCUCACCUUGGCACAGAUACAGCUGCACCUCUACCACCACCUGGAGCAGCUAGGCACAGUGCCGUCACGUCGACUCCGCCCUUCCUGCCAGACAGGAAGUUGCCCCAGGAGCAAGAGUACCUGGUCAUCGGGGCACAGGAGCCGCGGGUGUUCUUCGCCAGUGGAGCGGUGGUAUCGUGGCGUCAGCUCAGCCCGGCUCUGCAGGAGAUCCAGUUCUCCACCGAGCUGGACUGCCGACUGUUGGAGUACCGGAACUUUGACCUGGCUCCGCCUGCUUGCAGCCGUUCAUACUGCAGGGCCAGGCGCGGGUCACACGGCUGCUCCAACAACGUCCUCCUGGACGGGAAACGUCUUCAUAGACCCGGUCUUCAUUCAACAAUCAGCCAGAACACUGUACAUAGUCUGGGAUACAGCCGUACGGACUGGCAACAGGUGAGACUACUGUUAGAUACUGAGUCAGUCUAAUCCGCAACCCCUAACGUUCAUCCCCAUCAGUCUGAUACAGCCUACGGAGCUGGCAACAGGUGACACACCCUGGACCAACACAU